CUUGUAGCAUCUCGUCUGAUACAGCAACACCUGGAGACUUUUCAGUGGCACAGUUUGUGUUCCUUGAAGACUCACCCCAGACAGUGUAAUCCUUGUUGGAAGUCAGGCAGGAACUCUUCUAGGAAAAUUCCAUUCGGAUACAAUGGCCAGAUCGUCAUCAGCAUUUGAAUUUGUCAUUUUAUACACAAUCUUCUGCAUCCUCUUGACCACGCACAUUGCCUACGCUGCAGAUGGAGACAUGGAAGAAUCGAAGCCCCGUCGGUCUGGAAACAUGGGUCUUUUCCCCUUCCCAAGAGUCGGAAGAUCUGAUCCCGAAAUGAUUGCCUACGAGAACGUUAUGAACUCAAUAGAGGAUUAUGAUGUUCCCAAAUACGAGAUGAAGCGACAGGGCUUGAUACCGUUUCCGCGAGUUGGACGAGCUAGGGCUGGACCGAUGUGGGCUAAAAUCGCCCGGGAGGAGUACGGCAAGCGGACAGGAGGCGUGGGUGCCAACGGAGGUCUCUGGUUCGGACCACGCCUGGGAAGGAUUCAAAAGCGCAGUCCCAACCAUGACGACACAAUCCAAGUAAAGAGUCGUCAUGAUAUUUACACACCGCGACUUGGGCGCGAGAGUGACGAGCUGGAGAGCACAGAUUACGACGAAUUACUAACCCUUUUACCGAAUCUUAAGAGCUUCAGUUAAUUUGAUAAUCUGAUGGAAAAAAAUGACAUCUAACUUCUCACUGUAUAAAUGAAAAAUUCUACACGGAAAAACAUUCUUGCGACAAUGGAACUUUGAAUUCACGAAGGCUGGUGAAAAUUUCUUAUUACCAAAGAAGAAAUUUUUAGAGAAUUCAAAGUUCUAUUGCAAAUUGAAGAUAAAGGGAUAAAAGUUAAAUGAAUUUUUGUAAAUCUAACUGUAUGGAGUGUUUAUCAACUGGAAUUUCCCAAAUUUAUUAUGCUGAAGAGUUGCAAUAACGUCUACUUCUGCAUUUAAAUGGAUAAUUGUUAAAUAUGUAUAAAUAUUGGCAAAUAAAUGCAAAAAUG